CCUGAGCCGCGGCGGCGGGCGGAGGGGGCUGGACUGGCGAGCGCGGCCCCCGCCGCCUGUUUUGGUGCGGGGCGCCGGGAAACUCCGAGGAGAAGCCGGCGGAGAGGAGCUGCCGCGGCGGUGCCCGCUCGCCCGCCGGGCUGGGGCACGGGAGGGGGCCGCGCCGCCGGCCGCUGAGGCGCUGCCGCCUGGAAUGAAGAGGAGGAGGAAGAGAGGAUGUUCCUUCGGCACUCGGGCUGCCUCCCCUCCCGCCGCUGCCGGGCUGCGCCGCGUGUGGAAAUGGCACUUUCUCUGCCUAACGAGAUGGGACUGAAUGGGGUCGCCAGCCUCCUCCGCACACACGAGCGGGAGCAGCAGCCUCGGCGCUGAUAUUUGGGGAAGGGAGGUUGUGUUGUGGGCGCCUUUUUUUUUUUUUUUUAAUUUUUUUUGUUUGUUUUCUCUUUUUUGGGGGAGGGCGAGAGGGGGGAAAGCAGCGUGUAUUUUGUGGGUGCAAACCCGGGACUUUGCAAAACAAUCUCCGCCCCCGAGAGGAUAUUUAAUCUGCAACAGAGAUCGCUGCUCGCGGAGGCAAACUUGAGCCGGGGAAGGGGAGCAGGGAGCGGAGGAAGGGGACCCCCGCCCCGCUCCCGGCCCCGCCGGAGCCCGACCCCUGCAAAGGAAGAUGCGUCUCUCCCGGCAGCUGCUCUUGGGACAAGACUUUCGUCUGGACUGAUCGAGACUGGACUUUUUAAGGACGAGCUUACCCAUCUAAGGGCGAUUUGGGCAUAAACAGCAACACAAACUCUGAUUUGGUGCUGGAAGCUGCCUCGGCCACUGAACAGCUGCUCUCACCCUGCUUCUGUCCCUCCCCCGUCCUGUUCUCAAAAGAGGAUCCUGAGCUAUUUUGCCGGUUUUUUUUUUUUAAUUGUUGUUGCAUGAAUUUUAUUUUAGGUGGUUGCCUUUUACGGCUGGCUUGUCUGUUUUGGGGUCUUGCAGACUGCGAGCUGCAGUAGCAGCUCCACCGCCUCUCGUCAUGGCUAGCCCCACGGAUAAUAACGAGGGCUUCUUCUCAGAUGUCAGAAAGGUGGGUUACUUGCGCAAACCCAAGAGCAUGCAUAAACGAUUUUUCGUGCUGAGGGCAGCCAGUGAGUCUGGACCCGCCCGGCUGGAGUAUUAUGAGAAUGAGAAGAAAUGGAGACACAAGUCAGGGGCCCCCAAGCGCUCUAUCCCACUAGAAAGCUGCUUCAACAUCAACAAACGGGCUGACUCCAAAAACAAGCACCUGGUGGCCCUCUACACCAAGGACGAGCACUUUGCCAUUGCAGCUGACAGCGAGCCUGAACAGGAGAGCUGGUACCAAGCGCUGCUGCAGUUGCACAACAGGGCCAAGGGCCACCACCACCUCCAUCACCAUCACCACCACCACCACAGCGAUGUCACCUUUGGAGGCAACAGCAUGGGACUGGGGGAAGCAGGUGAGGACAGCUAUGGUGAGGUAGCCCCUGGCCCAGCUUUUAAAGAAGUUUGGCAAGUAAUUCUGAAGCCUAAGGGCCUAGGCCAGACAAAGAACCUGAUUGGCAUCUACCGCCUGUGCCUGACUAACAAGACCAUCAGCUUUGUGAAGCUCAAUUCAGAUGCGGCUGCUGUGGUGCUGCAGCUGCUCAAUAUCCGCCGCUGUGGUCACUCUGAGAACUUCUUCUUCAUUGAGGUGGGACGCUCAGCUGUCACUGGGCCCGGUGAGUUCUGGAUGCAAGUGGAUGACUCAGUGGUGGCUCAGAACAUGCAUGAAACUAUCCUGGAGGCCAUGCGAGCCAUGAGUGAGGAAUUCCGGCCCCGCAGCAAGAGCCAGUCCUCCUCAAACUGUUCCAACCCCAUCUCUGUGCCCCUUCGCAGCAGGCACCAUGUCAACAACCCUCCACCUAGCCAAGUGGGCCUCAGUCGGCGGUCCAGAACGGAUGUCACGGCCACUUCUCCUGCUGGUGGUGGAGGUACAGGUGGCAAACCCAGCUCUUUCCGGGUUCGAGCAUCAAGUGAUGGGGAAGGCACAAUGUCAAGACCUGCCUCUGUGGAUGGUAGCCCAGUUAGUCCCAGUGCUAACCGGACUCAUUCGCAUAGACACCGUGGCACCAGGCUCCAUCCUCCACUCAACCACAGCCGGUCCAUCCCAAUGCCUUCCUCGCGCUGCUCUCCUUCAGCCACCAGUCCAGUCAGCCUGUCAUCCAGCAGCACGAGUGGCCACGGCUCCACCUCAGACUGCCUGUUUCCACGAAGGUCCAGUGCUUCGGUUUCCGGCUCCCCUAGCGACGGUGGAUUUAUUUCUUCUGAUGAGUACGGUUCCAGCCCAUGUGACUUUCGCAGCUCUUUCCGCAGUGUGACCCCUGAUUCAUUGGGACACACCCCACCAGCCCGGGGUGAUGAAGACCUCAACUACAUCUGUAUGGGGGGGAAGGCCACCUCCUCUUGCUGCAGCUUGGCAGCCCCCAAUGGCCACUUCAUCCCACGCACCUGCCACCCACAGCAGCAGCCCCGCUAUCCUAGUACGCCCUGCUGUCCUCGAGGUGGUAGUGAGGAGGUUGCCGAUUUAGAGAAGGCAUUCAGGAAGCGGACUCACUCUGCAGGCACUUCACCCACCAUCUCCCACCAGAAGACACCCUCACAGUCUUCAGUGGCCUCCAUUGAGGAGUACACGGAGAUGCUGCCUUCUUACCCCUGUGGCAGCAGCCGGCUGCCCUCCUACCGCCAUUCAGCCUUUGUGCCCACUCACUCUUAUCCAGAGGAGUGCCUGGAGAUGCACCACCUGGACAGUGGCCAUCAUCGGACCAACUCUGCCCCGCACACGGAUGAUGGCUACAUGCCCAUGUCACCUGGUGUAGCCCCUGUGCCCAGUGGUGGGGCGCCCCCAAAGGGUGGUGACUAUAUGCCCAUGAGUCCUAAGAGCGUGUCGGCUCCACAGCAGAUCAUCAACCCUGGCAGGGGGGGCCGCCACCCUCCAGCCACAGUGGACUCCAACGGCUACAUGAUGAUGUCCCCCAGCGGCAGCUACUCCCCCGACAACAGCUCUGCAGGCUAUGGCAAGAUCUGGACAAAUGGUGCCGGCCACCACCCAAAACUCUCGGUAGAGAGCAACGAAGGGACUCCCUGCGGCGGCAGCGACUACAUCAACAUGUCCCCAGCCAGCGGCUCCACCACCAGCACCCCGCCUGACUGUUACUUCGGGGAUGCGGGGCAGCCGGGGGUGGAGGAGGUGGCCACGGCAGCGCACCACAAACCCAUCUACUCCUACUUCUCGCUGCCGCGCUCCUUCAAGCACGUGCACCGGCGGGGCGGCGGCAGGGUGGCCGAGGAGGAGCCCCAGCCCCGCAUCGCGCUCGGCUCCAGCCGCCUCCUCUACGCCGCCGAGGAUUCGUCCUCGUCCACCAGCAGCGACAGCCUGGGCGGCGGCGGCGGCCCCGAGGGCGGCCCCCCUCCGCAAGCGCAGCCCCCGCGCAAGGUGGACACGGCCGUGCAGACCAAGGGCCGCCUGGCGCGGCCCACGCGGCUGUCGCUGGGCCCCAAGGCCAGCACCCUGCCCCGGGCCCGCGAGCAGCCCCCGCUGCUGCUGCCCCCGGAGCCCAAGAGCCCCGGCGAGUAUGUCAACAUCGAGUUCAUCGCCGGCGAGAAGCCGCCCUUUCCCUCGGGCGCCCUGGGCAUGGCCCUGCCGCCGCCGGGCAGCGAGGCGGCCGAGGAGUACAUGAACAUGGAGCCGGGCCCGCCGCGGGCCCCCUGCCCGCCCGUCGCCGCCGUGCGGGCGGCCCGGCCCGGCCGGGACUACGUGGCGAUGCAGCGCGGGGGCGCCGCGGCCGCCGGGGGCUCCUGCUCGGACUGCGCCGACAGCCCGUCCCCCGGCUCGCCCGCCCGCCCGCUCAGCUACGCCGAGGUGCGGGGGGGCCGCGCCGCCCCCGAGACCCCGCCGGCGGCCGCCACCGCGGCGUCCCCGGAGCUGCCGCGGCCGCCGGCCGAGCUGUCGGCGGCGCCGCCGCGCUCCUCCUCCCUGCUGGGGGGCCUGGGCACGGGCAGCGCCUUCACCCGCGUCAGUCUCAGCCGUCGCAACCAGAGCGCCAAGGUGAUCCGCGCCGACCCGCAGGGCGGCCGGCGGCGGCACAGCUCCGAGACCUUCUCGUCCACGCCGAGCGCCGCCCGCGGGGCGCCGGGCGGGCUCGGGGCGCCCUUCCCGUGCGGCGGCGGGGGCGCCGAGGAGGUGAAGCGGCACAGCUCGGCCUCCUUCGAGAACGUGUGGCUGCGGCCCGGCGCGGGGGAGGCGGCCGCCCGCAGGGAGCCGGGAGGCGCGCCCGCCCUGGAGAACGGGCUCAACUACAUCGACUUGGACUUGGUGAGGGACUGCGGCCACCGUCGCCACCACCACCCGCACGCCCCCGCCGAGGCGAAGCAGCCGCUGCCGCCGAAGCCCCCGGGGCAGCCGCGCGGGAGCGGCCACUGCGGCGAGGACCUGAGCGCGUACGCCAGCAUCAGCUUCCAGAAGCGGGAGGAGAUGUAGGAGCCGGGCGCCCGCCGGGGAAGAACGAUGACCUACACAACCUCAACAAAUCCUUCUUUUAAACUCAUGGGUAUCAAGACUAUAAAUGUUUCAUGCUAUCACAACUAGGACCUCACCUCCUCCUCCUCCUCCUCUUCCUCUGUAAAUGGGUACGAUGCAUCCAGUUCAGUUUGUUUACUUUACACAAACCUCAGGAGUUAGUUGACUGAGCUGCACAUCCUGUGUUGUGCCAAGCAGAAGCACUGUGACACCUGGACAACGAGUCUCUCUUACUUCAUCCUCUACCAUAAGGACUUAGCUGGCCACAUGAACUGAUGUGCCCACCACUGUGUCAUGGUGAGAAUGGGUAUUUUACUAGCACAUUUACACAACUUCAUUUGCUGCUGAAAACCUGUAUGACAAAUCAUCAUUGUAAAUUAUUACAUACAAAACUUAAUGUUGGUUGAAGAGUAUUAAAUAUUUAACAUAGUUUUUGAUUUAUACAUGUACUUUUUUAAUUAAAAUGUAACUUUUCCUACAGCACAUCUUUUUUGAUGUGGAACUGAGGUAUACUAUAUUCUGUUGUAAACAGAGUGGGAAACCUGCUUAAAACAAGGCUUCUAAGAAUAGAGUAGGGUACUAUUCUUGUUUUAAGAUUGUAAUUCAGAAAAUAAUAUAAUAUGAGUCAUUGGUCCCUGGGCCUUGAUUGUACAGUCAUAUUUACUGAUACUAUCAGUUGUAAGAUAACCCUGAUGUUGAGUUGAAUUCUUUCCAAAAGAAAAAUAAUUUUGUACUCCUUGUAAAAUAAUAGUCUGUAUUAACUACAAUGAAGACAAACGUUACUGUACAUGGUAUUUACAAGUGUCAACUCGAAUUCAUCAAUUGCACAGGAACCGACAAAAAAAUCAGAAAAAGGAAAUCAAAGUCUUCCAUUGUAUAUAUUGUAAAGAAGAAAAACAAAAAAAAAACCAACAGAAAACCACAAAACAAAAUGAAAACAAAAAAAGGGUGAACUUUUCAAAUUGACUCUUUCCCUGGAAUGAAAAUGUGGGUGUUUGUAAAUUCUGGAAAUCUCUUUCUAUAUGUAAUAAACUAGAUACUGUUUUAUCUGCUGUA